AUGGUGCAGAAGGCUUACCUACAGGCCUCAGGGAGCCUUCUUCUACUGGCCAGAGUCUGGACAGCGCACACUACAAGGAGAAAAAAGGGAAAAACACCUUUUUUGCUAAAGAAAAGGGACCAAAACCAACUUCAGGUGAGGUUUAAAACUUGUUUACUCAAAAUGUGUGGCAGCAUCAUGACUUUGAGAAGCUCCAGAGUGGCCGCCAUGCUGCUGCUGUCUGCACACUUGCUGCAUGCAUCUGCCCUUCCAGCUGCGUCCUCCUACGAGUUUACAGCCUACAGGAUGCAGCAGUACAACCUGCAGCAGGACAAACGAGGUUGCCGUGGUGCCAUCGUCGUGGCCGAGGCUCGUUCAGCGGAUGAUACAAUUCUGACCCGUCGCUGUGUGAUCAUGAAGCUGCCUGACUUUACAGCAGAGCGCUACCUAGAGGCCAAGAGGCAGAACGCAGCAGCAGUGCUCAUACUGCUCCCCCAGAACAUCUCUACCGUACCUGAAGACGUCAUACAGGGUUUCAUGGUGAGUGAGUCAGAGGCUCUGAAAAAGGAGACCCUCAUGCCCGUGUACGUGGUCCACGAAGAUGAGCAGCUUCUGUGCAUGUAUGCAGAAGUGAAGCUGGCUGCAGCCACCAAGUCUGCCUCCAUUCUGGUCAGAGUUCUCCGCAGUAUGGUCACAGCCACUGCCUUCCAGAUACUGGUGAGCAACAACUCCCCCAUCAAGGCCAUCACUGACAAUUCCAUCAUUACGUUAGAGGGUGUACUUCCUGGAGUCGGAGAAGACCCACCUACAAUCGUGCUCACCGCCCACUAUGACUCCUUUGGCCUUGCUCCAUGGCUGGCAUAUGGAGCAGACUCCAAUGGCAGUGGAGUCACUGUGCUGCUGGAACUGGCUCGCCUCUUUCAAAGACUCUACAGUGAUCCUCGCAACAAAGCUCCGUAUCACCUCCUUUUCUCCCUUACUGGUGGUGGGAAAUAUAAUUUCCUUGGCACCAAGCGCUGGCUCGAGGAAAAUAUGGACCAUGCAGAAUCCAGUCUAUUGCAUGACAAUGUGGCAUUUGUUCUCUGUUUGGACACUAUUGGCUCUGGGGAUGAGCUUUUCCUCCAUGUAUCUCGACCCCCAAAACCAGGGACCCCUCAGUAUGGCUUCAUCCAGCAGCUGGAAGAGGUGAUCUCCUCCAGGUUUCCAUGGGUGAGGUUUGGAACUGUGCACAAGAAGAUCAACCUGCAGGAGUCCACAGUAGCAUGGGAACAUGAGCGCUAUGGCAUGAAACACAUUCCAGGAUUCACCCUCUCGCACCUGGAGGACCCCAGAUCAGAGCACAGGGGCUCCAUCCUUGACACCAUGUCACAAGUGGACAUCAGGAAACUGAAGCGGAACACGGUCAUCAUUGCUGAGUCCUUGGUGCGGUACAUGUAUAAUCUGUCGGACAAGGGUUCUCCAAAAGAAAUCCAGGUUUUCAAGGGCAGUUUGGACAUCCUGGACAGUCGUUUGUCUGCGCUGAUGAACAUGUUGACGUCUGUCCCGCGAGCCACUCAGCUGAUGGACAAAGAGCCACAACACACUCUCCUCAUCAACAGCUUAGAGCAGGAGUUCAAACGCUACCUCCAGCAGGUCUACAGACACACUUUCCGUCAGGACCGCAAGGAUCCUGAUGUCACAUUCUUUGAUCAGAUGAAACAGCCAAUGAUGAUGUACAGGGUGAAGCCUGCUGCGUUCGAUCUGUUCCUGGGUGGCUGUAUUGCAGGCUACUUAGGAGUAGUCUACUAUGCAAUUCAGAACUUCGGGAGCCUCUAUACAAAGCUCAAGGCCACAGUGAAGAGCAAGCAGCAGUGAGAACCACUGGCUAGUUUGCCAAAGAAAAAUACUCAAAUAUCCUUCCAAAGGCAGAGAUGGAGAAAAGGCCACUGAGGAUGUAGUGGAAUGUUUUGAAAGAGCUGUUUUGGAAAGUAAACAGAAAGAAGUGGUUCUGCAAGGCA